AUGUCCAUAUCCGAAGGGUCCCUGGACAAGUUACCUUAUUGGUCUGAUCUUCCCGACCGAUUCAUCGAGACAAAUCACAAUCCCCUUUUCUCCAUUCUAAUCCCUGCUACUUCAUCAACUAUUUCUCCCCUCUCAGAAUCUUCCAUGUCUGGAACGCCGAUCAUUCCCCAAACUGAUCAUCACCAACCCUGUCAGUUCCAUCAAUCCCAUCAAACCAAUCAUCAUACACCAACAAACCCAUCUCCUGUAUCAUCACCUGUGGACCCCAUUGUGGACCCUGUAGAUCCACACACCAACAAAGAACCAGAUACCGAAAACUCCAUCCCAUCUCCAUUCCAAAAUACUCCGGCUAGUCCAAUGGCUACCCCACAUUACUUUCAAGUCCCAGACCUGUCGGGAUGUGGUCGUUUCAAAGGUGGCGAGUCAGCGGCGAGAUGGCUGAACCGCCUGAAAUGGCAGUUUCGGCGUGCAGGGUAUGACAUCCCUCCUAUCUCCGGCAUAUUGCAGGCGAUCGACAUGCAGUGUGAGGGCGAAGCUGCGACCUUUUUGGAUAGCAGCCCAGCACUCAGAGAGGCACUCGACCGAGCCGAGAACGGCACCGCCGUGCUGAAGGACCUCACAGAUGUCGAGCAGGCCCUAAAAGACAGAUUUCCAGCGACGCUGGUGGAUAAGCUGAACGAUCGGCCUGUAUCCGAUCUGAACGAGCUCGCCCAGGGCAAGGAUGAGACACUCGCCGCAUACUACUCACGGGUACAGAACCUUUUGAGACGCAUGGGGGCCCGGGAUCGGCCCCGAGAGCAGACGCCACAGACAAAUGUACUGUCGCCGGCUCUGACCGCUCUUGAGAUAAAUAUGCUUGAAACAAUCAUUGGUCGCUUUGUUGAUGGCCUUCGAAACCAAGUUCUGCGGGCCGAGUGCAUAGACAAGAAUGCUCGGAACUGCAAGUCACUGUGGUUGGCAUAUGACGUUGUCCGGAACUGCCAAUCGAUAAUCGAGGAAAAGGACAACAUUGCGAAGUCCUAUCGGUCCAAGACUCGACAAGAGAUGCUGGAGAAGAUGGUCGCUGAUCGGACUGGAGUAUCAGUUGAUCAAGCUCUGGCAGCACAAUACCCCUGGACGGUGGCAUCAGGCAUGACGACACUUGCCACAUCGGCCUCUCCUUUAUUUCCUCCGUCGGGCCCCCCGUAUUUUCCUACAUCGGGCUCUCCAUUGUUUCCCAUUGCACACCAGUCGACAUGGGCAUCACAAGGGACAACGGGACCGCGCUGGCCUCUCCCUGACUGGAGUGGCAGACACCAACAUGCCUCGCUGAACACAAGGGGUCCCUCGAUUGCUCCAACCUCUUCUAGCUCCUCUGGCAGCUCUAACACUCCCCACACUACUGCAACUGCUGCAGCCCCAUCCGCUCCAUCAUCAACUUUUCCUCCACGAGAUGCUCCGUUUGGAAACUCAACCUAUGGCCGAGGCCGUGCCGGAUAUGAGAAGAUCCCACCGAGAGAGACGUCGAAGAACCCAGUGGUAAAUGGGUCGUAUCAAUUGAGACCAUUCGAGAAAGUGUGCUUUCGCUGCGGCGAGCUCGGACAUGUCUCCAUGGCAUGCUUGGCAACGAAGGAACAACAACUUCUUCCAUGGGAGACUGCGACACUGAAGGCGAUCCUAUUUCCCCAGGGAAAUAAUGGUCAAGCUGGAGCAGCCCGAAAUCUCAACUCUCGCAGUACAACUCUCGAUUUUGGGGGGGGCUCAGCCUCGGACGGGUAUGAGGCGCACACAGCUCAAUUGUUCUACGAACAAAUCCAGGACUCUUCUCCCUGGCAGUUUCAGGAACAGAGGUCAGGCAAGCCCGAUCUCCAUGUACAUUUCGAGGAGGACGAGCGCAUGUGUCGAGAGGCCCGGGAGACGCCAUCCGACUCUGGGAUCGAUGAUCCAGAGGCGUCAGCUGAGGGUGGACUUAGGUCACAGUCUCUCACGCUGGUUCUGGAAAAGGAGAGCCCCACAUCUCUGGGUGGCCUCUCAGAAAUGGAAGAUGAUCUGCGCGAGGAGGUCGUCGAACUUGCGUCGUACCUGGGCACAGCCUCACACGAUGAGCCGCCACCAAAGCGUCGCCGGGACGGCUCUGGGGCCAUCCCGAUUGUUGUCGAAGGAGAGAAGAAGGGGAAGGGGACGAAGCCACGGAAGGGCCUUCAACAGAUCCAUGGUCUCGAUGGAGAGGCGGUGUUCGACUUCAAAUCCCUAGCCAAAAAGAUACAAGUCUCCCUAACGCUCAUGGACCUCUUUCAGAUCUCCCCUGAAACGUCUAAACAGUUUAGGCAUUUUUCAACACGAAAAAAUGCAAGAGCUGAAAAGCGAGCCGCGCGGAAGAUAGCCGCUUUGAAGAGGUCGGAGGCCGCCGACCCGCUGGGGUCGAAGGCAGCGGAGGUUGAGCGAAUCGUGGUGCCGUCACGAGCCGGUUCCUUGGAGAUUCUGGACAAUGUCACGUCCAGAGAGCACCAAGAGGAGAACGGCAGCUCGUUGUGCAAGCUGGUCCGCUCUUUCUGUCUAGAUGUGGCACUACGUUUCAAGAGGGGAGACGAAAUGAUGUCUACCGUGCUUCCACCCAAAUCGACGCAAGCUGACCAGGGGAGCGACGUGAACGUAAUUUCCAACAAGCUGGUGCAACAGCUUGGUCUGAAGCGGAGAUUACUCAAGGACCUUGUUACGAGACCCCUUCACCUUCUGACCUCAGACGGAGGAAGAUGCGAGAUUCACGAGUUUGUGUUAUUGAAUGUCGGUGUGCGGGGGAUCUGGCGUUCCGUGUGGGCAAUUGUAAGGCCCAAGAGCCAGCCUGGGGAUUGCCUGCUUUUGCUGGGAAUUCCCUGGCUCUGGGAUGUCUUAGCCAAGUUCGACAUUCGAGCAAGCACGCUCACGAUCGGGGACGUUCAUGAUGGUGAGACACAGACCACUUUGGUCGGCCCCUUGCUGGCCCCUGUGGGACGACAUCGCAUCGCGCUUGGUGCGGCAGGACCAAUCGCUGAUCCGGUCAACCAUCUGCGAGUCCCGCCGACAUCUGAGGAGCAAGCCUGGGAUUCGGAGGAUUCGGACGAUGAGUCGUCCGACUCGGACUCGACAGAUGAGUCGUCGGAUUCGGAAAACUGA